ACUUCCCCAAAAGCACCCUGAGAGUAUCUUCAUAUUCAUGUUAUAACAAAACGUGGGGAGGUGUUUCCGCUUGAGGCAAGAGCUUGGCACUUCCCCCAGCUGUGUCACUGCCAGGCAGAAGGGGUCACGGGGCACCCACACUGGCACAGGACACGCCGGGCAGCCCCCAGCGAUGCCCCUUCCCGGGGCCUGACCAUGGCCAUGGAGCUGAGAGCCCUGUUCCUGCUGCCACUCUGCUUCCCAGGUCUCCAAGGCCAAACCCCUGAAGCCCAGAAACUACUGGAAGGGAACACUCUGCAUAUCGUGUGUCCUUAUACAGCACAGACUGAAUACUGGCACACAAAAUACUGGCGCCUCCUGACAGACAGAGGAUAUGAGACAGUAGCGCAAACAUCCCACGGACGCAGCUCGCAGUCCAGUGACAGGAGAACUACAAUAAAGGAUGACCCCACUAAAAAGACUGUGUCCAUCACCAUGACUGACCUCAAGGCAGAGGACUCAGGCACAUAUAUCUAUGCUAUUUACCCAAAUGCCCAUGUACCUCGAAGGACGAUCUCACUGAAUGUUUUCAAGGAGCUGCUCAAGUGGGAGCUGGACACUGUGUCAGUGCAGUGCCCGAACAGGAACGGCAUGGCCUGGUGCCGGAGGGAGCAGACUGACUGCGUAGUCCCGGUGCAGAGACAAACAUCUUCAACGCAGAGUGCGAUGGAAUCCCUGCAAGACAGAGCAUCGGUCAAGUACAAUAGUGAAGGGAUUCUCGCUGUCACCAUGGAGAAGCUGCAGAGCUGGGACUCUGGUGUGUACUGGUGUGCACUGGGCUCUGAGCGGAUAACAGACGUCAUGCUCUCUGUGUCCAAGAAGACCCAGCAGCGCACAGCCGAGGAGUCAGGCAACGUCUCUGUCCAGUGUCACUAUAAGAUCAAAAACUACAGGGCUGUCAGCAAAGCCUGGUGCAAAAAGGAAGAGGGGGAAAUGUGUAAGGUGCUGGUCACCACCAGCACAAAGCCUCCAGUGGGACACAGCCCGGCUCAGGAAGGCGUCAGGAUCCAGGAUGACACCCAGCAGGGCAUUGUCACCGUCACCAUGGAGCAGCUGCAGGUGCAGGACUCGGGCGUGUACUGGUGCGCGCUGCAGGAGAGCUCCGGUCUGUCCCGCAUGGAGGAGAUCACGCUCAAGGUUUCCAAGGCAUUGCCUCCAGGAGGUUUUUCAGACCCUGAAAGCAGAAGUAAUGAAAUUCUUUUCGGAGACAGCCCAGAACCCAGCUCCGGUGGGAACACCUUCCUCGUCCUGACCGUGGUGCUGCUCAUCCUGCUCCUCCUGGCCCUCGUCACCUCCGCAGCGCUGGGUGUCAGGCACUACAAGCUCCUGGGGAGGACAGGUAACAGAGAAGCAGAGGACACCAGUGACAGACCAGAGGGCACAGCACAGCCUGGCAGCACUGGGAGGAGGGAAGGCUCUCAGGAAGACAGCAAAGGGCCAGCAUACAUCCACCUGGAUGAGCAAUCCCACCCCAGCCCCGAGGAUCCUCUUUACUGCAACGUGGAGCCGAGUCAGGCUCACAGGAACCCCCAACAUGUGGAAUACGCCAUCAUCGCCUUCAACCAGUCCCCAAGGAGCGUCAGGGAAUGAGGCACAGAAUCCCAAACAACCCGAAAUGGGAGAAAGGAACUGGAAUACAGAGUGGGAAUGAGGUGUGGGGGGUGUGUGGACGGAUAAGCUGAGUUUUGCUGCCGUGUGUGUGGCGUUGCCUGAGCAUUUUCAGCCCUCCCUCCUGUUUUAGGGCCAAGCAGAGGUUUUGCCACACUUGUGGCACAUUCCCUCGGGUCAGGCAGAGCUGUGGGGGAAUUCCCAGGAUCUCUUGUGCAUCUGCUUUUCCAAUUCCAUUAAAGUGCAGAGUGUGGAGAGGCCUGGCCUUGUGCAAAGCAGCACUCUGGACAUGGCUGGGUGUGGUAUUCCAGCUGUGUCCCCGUACAAAUCCUGCCCCAAUCCCAAGAAUUCAGCUGCUGUGGCCAAGCAAACUCAUUCCAUUGCUGCAGGGAUCAAA